AUUAUUUAUUUAAUAAUUACUUGUUUAUGUUUACUGUUACUUGUUAUUACAUUUCUUUUCUUUUAUAUAAUUGUUAUAUUAAUAAGAGUUUAAUUCUACAAUUAUUUAUUGAUGAAUUUAGUAUACCAUGUUAAGCAUUUUUUAGAUUUAAAUUCUCAUUGUUUUAUAAUAUGGAAGGGGAUAGUGUUUCAACGGGAGGAACUGGUUUAUUAUUACGAUACGCCAGUCAGAAUUCAUUAGAUGAGAGUUCUCAAAAACAAGUACCAAGGUCAGGGAGACGUGAACGAACUCCGUAUAGAAAUAGUUCUCAUACAGUUCGUGCAUUUGAAGUUUUACAAUCUUUACGCAGAGAUGAAGUUUUUUGUGAUAUUAAAUUAGAAACAGACGAUAGUACAAUAGUUUUUGGACACAAAGUGGUUUUAGCAUCUGCUAGUCCAUAUUUCCAUGCCAUGUUCACAAGUUUUGAAGAGAGUAAUAAAGAUCAUGUAAUUAUAAGAGAAUUAGAUUCUACUGCAUUAAAACUUCUAGUAGAUUUCAUUUAUACUGCUCAAAUAAUGGUCAGCGAAGAAAAUGUACAGGUUUUGUUACCAGCUGCAAAUCUCUUACAGUUGCAUGAUGUACAAGAUGCAUGUUGUGAUUUUUUACAAUCACAACUGCACCCUACAAAUUGUCUUGGUAUCAAGGCGUUUGCUGAUUUACACGGCUGUAUGGAACUAUUGUCAAGUUCUGAAUCAUAUAUUCAACAACACUUUUCUGAAGUGGUUGAAGGUGACGAGUUCCUAUCAUUAUCAUCCGAACAAGUAGUUAAGUUAAUUUCCAGUGAUGAACUUACUGUUCCAUCUGAAGAAAAAGUAUUUGAAUGUGUUAUUUGUUGGGUAAACUAUGAAGCAAGUUGUAGAAAAGAUAUUUUGCCUAAAUUAAUGGAACAUGUUCGUUUGCCAUUAGCAUCAAAAGAAUAUUUACUUAAAAGAGUAGAAGAGGAACCUCUUCUUAAAAAUAGCCUUGAAUGUAAAGACUAUAUUAUUGAAGCGUUAAAUUUUCAUUUACUCAAGUCUGAACAACCGGGUACUAUUCCAAAAACUAUCCGUACAAAACCUAGGCAACCUGUUGGUUUACCUAAAGUAACUUUUUCUAUUGAUUUAUUUAGUUUUAAAAUUAGUAUAUCUAUUUAUACUUUACAGGUAAUACUAGUGGUUGGUGGACAAGCACCUAAAGCAAUUCGUAGUGUAGAAUGGUAUGACCCAGGAACCAAUCGAUGGCAGUCUGGACCAGAAAUGAGUACACGUCGCUGUAGAGCUGGCCUAGCUGUAUUAAAAGAUCGUCGUGUUUUUGCUGUGGGUGGUUUUAAUGGAUCAUUAAGGGUUCGUACAGUUGAUAUGCUUGAUUUGUCAUCACCAUCACCUUGUUGGGUACCAACAGUUGCCAUGUUAGCUAGACGAGGAACUUUAGGAGUUGCUGUAUUAGAUAAUUGCAUUUAUGCCGUUGGUGGUUUUGAUGGUACUAGUGGUUUAAAUAGUGCAGAAGUUUUUGACUGCAGUACUCAAGAAUGGCGAAUGGUGUCUAAUAUGUCUACUAGGAGAAGUAGUGUUGGUGUUGGAGUACUCAAUAAUCUUUUAUAUGCGGUAGGAGGUUAUGAUGGAUUAUCAAGGCAGUGUUUAAAAUCUGUUGAAUGUUAUCAUCCUAGUACUGAUACAUGGACACCAGUUGCAGAAAUGUCUGUACGCCGUAGUGGUGCUGGUGUAGGAGUUUUAGACGGUGUAAUGUAUGCUGUCGGUGGUCAUGAUGGACCUGAAGUUCGUAAUAGUGUUGAGGCCUAUAGACCGAGCACUGGAGUUUGGACUUCUAUUGCUGAUAUGCAUAUGUGUCGAAGAAAUGCUGGAGUAAUUGCAUUAGACGGGUUAUUGUAUGUUGUGGGUGGUGAUGAUGGAGCUUCCAAUUUGGCUUCUAUAGAAAUUUACAAUCCCAACACUAAUACAUGGUCCAUGUUAACUGCCUCAAUGAAUAUUGGCCGAAGUUAUGCUGGAGUGGUAGUUAUUGAUAAACCUCCACACUUUAAUAAUUGAAUGGUAUACAGGUAUAUUAUUGUUAAAAUAUCUAGUUUAGGUAAUGUGAAUAUUCUAUUAUAAUAAUAUUUAUAUAUAAUUUAAAUUAAUUAAAGUUGAAUCAAAUUAG